CACUACCCAUCGUCUUCACGGGAUUACAGAUAUAUGAUAACAACUAAACAAUAUUAAAUAACAAUACAACGUCGUUCUAUAAUGAUAAUAUAAACGGAGUAAUACAAGUGUAUGGGUACCUACAUAAUAUCCUUAAACUCACUCUAGUAAAGUCUAGGCGCAAAAUAAGCCGAGCUUACCAUCGCAGUUGUGGCAAAAAAAAAACCGUACGAGUCGUUCGCACGACGUGUCGAGUUGGCCGGCCGUUUUAACGGCACAGCGUAUCGCCAAAGGAGGAGAAGGAGGAGGACGAGGAAGCGUGGAGGGGCGAGCGCUUCGUUCGGCCACGUCGCCCAUUGUAUUCGGACGCCGUCACGUACACGCCACUGCUGCCGUGUAUACAACACAAUAUUGUAAUAUACAAUAAUAAUAUAUACAUUGAUAUAUAUAUGUAUAUAUUAUAAAAGUAUCAUGUGAGCCGCCGGCGGCACCGGUUGUCGUCCCAACGGUGGUAGGGGUAUCUCGGCCGUCCCACUGUGGAGUUUAAAUACGUCCACGCCGUCCCGGGCGCACAUCAAUCCGUCCCGACUGUAGCCGCGUACGCCGGAACACUUCUGUCGACAUGUGCGGAAUAUUUGCUUAUCUGAAUCACCUGACGCCCAAGUCCAGGGAGGAGAUCAUCGUGCUUUUGGUGAACGGUCUUAAGCGGUUGGAGUACAGGGGUUAUGACUCGGCCGGCAUCGCGUUCGACGGACCUGACGGCAAAGACAUAACGAUCGUGAAGAAAGAGGGGAAAGUAGUUGCCCUUGAAGACGAAUUGCUUUCAUUGAAAGAUCAAUUGGAUUAUGAGGAGAUUCAAAAGAGUCAUGUCGGCAUCGCACACACUCGUUGGGCUACUCAUGGGGUGCCGAGCUGCGUUAACUCUCACCCUCAAAGAUCGGACAAGGAGCAAGUAUUUUGUGUGGUGCACAACGGCAUAGUGACUAACUACAAGGAAGUAAAGGCGUUUUUGGAGCGCAAGGGGUACGUUUUCGAGUCGGAAACCGAUACCGAGGCCAUAGUGAAACUGGUGCACCACAUUUACACCCAACACCCCACGCUCCAGUUCAGAGAACUAGUCGAGCAGGCCAUACAACAGUUGGAAGGUGCGUUCGCUCUGUGUUUUAAGAGCAAGCUGUUCCCAGAUGAGUGCGUGGCGACCAGGAGAGGCAGCCCUCUUUUGGUGGGAAUCAAGUCGGAAACCAGGCUAGCCACAGACCACAUCCCCAUACUCUACAGUAAAGAUUCGAUAGACGGAGAGUCUCUUUCGCUAACAGAACACAGAUUCAUUCGCGGCGACAAGAUGUCUAUUCCUAUCCCACUGGGCCGUCAGGAGAGCACAUCCGAGUUCCAUCCGCUGGGUGACAAAGAAGAAGUGGAAUACUUUUUCGCAUCGGACGCCAGCGCUAUCAUCGAACACACUAAUCAAGUGAUAUACUUAGAGGACGACGAUGUAGCUGCCGUUAGAGAAGGAAGGUUGACUAUACACAGAAUGCGCAUGUCUAUGGAUGACCCGCACGCCCGAGAAAUCACCACGCUCAAGAUGGAAAUUCAGCAGAUCAUGAAGGGUAAUUUCAGCUCGUUUAUGCAAAAGGAAAUUUUCGAACAGCCAGAGUCCGUGGUGAAUACUAUGCGUGGUCGGGUUAACUUCGAGAAUCAAACAGUAAUCCUCGGCGGCAUCAAAGAUUACAUUCCAGAAAUAAAACGUUGCCGGCGGCUCAUGUUGAUCGGGUGCGGUACCAGUUAUCACAGUGCAUUGGCCACACGACAACUUCUAGAAGAGCUCACCGAACUUCCGGUCAUGGUCGAGCUGGCCUCGGACUUUCUGGACCGAUACACGCCCGUGUUCAGGGAUGACGUGUGCUUUUUCCUGUCGCAGUCGGGCGAGACGGCCGACUCUCUCUUAGCGUUGAGGUACUGCAAACAACGGGGAGCUCUGAUCGUGGGAAUCACCAACACCGUGGGUAGCUCGAUCAGUCGCGAAUCGCACUGCGGUAUUCAUAUUAAUGCCGGACCGGAGAUCGGUGUUGCCUCCACCAAGGCGUACACCUCACAGUUCGUAUCGAUAGUCAUGUUCGGGCUGGUCAUGUCCGAAGACAGAAUAUCCAUGCAGGCUAGGAGAAACGAGAUCAUCAGAGGCUUGGAAAACAUAACAGAACAGAUCCGCGAAGUGUUGGCGGCCGACAAGAAAGUGAUGAAAUUAGCCGAGUCUCUGUACCAAAAGAAAUCGCUGUUGGUCAUGGGAAGGGGAUACAAUUACGCCACGUGUUUGGAAGGCGCACUUAAAAUCAAAGAACUCACUUAUUUACACAGUGAAGGUAUAUUGGCGGGCGAACUUAAACACGGUCCGUUGGCUCUGAUCGAUAGACAGAUGCCGAUCAUCAUGAUCUUGACCAGAGAUCCAGUGUACAAGAAAUGUACAAAUGCCUUGCAACAGGUCACUGCUCGUGAAGGUCGCCCUAUCGUCAUAUGCGAAAAGGACGAUGUGGAAACUAAAAGCUUGGCCUGGCAAACCAUUGACGUCCCACACACUGUUGACUGUCUUCAAGGAAUUUUGACUGUCAUACCGAUGCAGUUAUUGUCUUAUCACAUAGCCGUUAUGCGUGGUUGCAAUGUGGAUUGUCCCAGGAACUUGGCCAAGUCGGUAACCGUUGAAUGAGAUGUAUCGAGACCCAUUGAUUUUCAAAUAUUAUCAUUCCACUGUCCGUUGAUGUUGACAAGAAUUGAAUCUUGGCAUCGUUACUAAACUACUUAUUACAUUUGUUUUUAAAUUUACACCUUAACGAUAUAGACAAAUAUUAAUAUAUUAUAAUCAAGGUUUAAGUUUCUCGUAUCAUGUGAUAACGUUAUAAAAUAUAAUGGUUAAUGCUAUCAACAUUAUUAUAAACCCAUAAUAAUAAUAUUCAGAUAACCUACUGCUAUAUUUUUUUAUCUUCAUUUUACUUUUAUUAGUGCAAUUUUUUUCUAGGGCGUCUAUAUUUUUUAUUGUUAU